AUGGCGGCGCCAGAGGAGCCAGAAUUAUCGCAGGCUCAGACCGAAAAACUCCUCCAAUUUCAGGACCUCACUGGUUUGGAAUCUAUUGACCAAUGUCGACGCACAUUAGAGCAGCAUAACUGGAAUAUUGAGGCUGCAGUACAAGACAGGCUCAACGAGCAGGAAGGAGUGCCCAGUGUUUUUAACCCUCCACCACCUAGACCAUUACAGGUCAACACAGCAGACCACAGAGUAUAUAGUUAUAUUGUCUCCAGGCCACAACCUAGGGGCUUGCUAGGAUGGAGUUAUUACUUGAUAAUGCUACCUUUCAGAUUUACAUAUUACACACUUCUGGACAUAUUCAGGUUUGCACUGCGAUUCGUGAGGCCGGACCCCCGUGGUCGUGUUACAGACCCAGUUGGGGAUGUUGUUUCCUUUAUUCAUAGUUUUGAGGAGCAGUACGGGCGCUCACAUCCUGUUUUUUACCAGGGAACGUACAGCCAGGCAUUAAAUGAUGCCAAACGGGAGCUCCGCUACCUCUUAGUCUACCUUCAUGGAGACGAUCAUCAAGACACUGAUGAGUUUUGUCGCUCCACAUUGUGUACAGAAGAGAUAGUAACCUUCGUCAACACCCGAAUGCUGUUCUGGGCCUGCUCGACAAGCAAGCCUGAGGGCUACAGAGUGUCUCAAGCAUUGCGGGAGAACACGUAUCCAUUCCUGGCCAUGAUCAUGUUGAAGGACCGCAAGAUGACGGUCGUCGGUCGCCUCGAGGGUCUCAUCCAGCCUGAGGACUUUGUCAAUCAGCUCACAUUCAUCAUGGAGGCCAACCAAACAUAUCUGAUGUCCGAGCGCCUUGAACGGGAGGAGAGAAGCCAGACUCAAGUGCUCAGACAGCAGCAAGACGAGGCGUACCAGGCAUCCCUCCGAGCCGACCAGGAAAAGGACCGAAAGAAACGGGAGGAGGAGGAGCAACGCAGGCAAGAAGAGGAGAAGGUCCGGCAGUGCGCGCUCGCUGAGGAGAGAAGACGACGGACGCUGGAAGAGGAAAAGGAGAGAAAAUCCGAGUGUCUUCCGCCAGAGCCGCUUGUGGAUGAUCCGGAAAGUGUCAAAAUAGUUUUCAAGCUGCCCAAUGACACGCGCGUAGAACGACGAUUCCUCUUCGGGCAGUCUCUUACAGUAAUCUACGAUUUCCUGUUCUCGUUGAAAGAAAGCCCGGAGAAGUUUCAAAUCGUCACCAAUUUCCCCCGCCGGGUACUGCCCUGCCUUCCAAGCGAUGAGCAGCCCUACCCUCCCACGUUGAAAGAAGCCGGACUGAGCCGCUCUGAGGUCCUUUUUGUUCAGGAUCUUACGGACGAUUAA